AGACGGCAGCUCUUCGCCGACGGGAGGGGGAGGGGAGGCGGCCGCCAGUCGGAAGCACGUUGCCGGCGGGAGAGGCUGCGCGGCGCCGGGCACCGGCGAGGGUGACGGAGGCGGCGAGCGGAGGAGCGGCUGAGGGAAGCGGGGCGGCGAUGGCCGAGGUCCUGGAGAAGAUCCUCAACAACCUGCUGGAGCCCGACACGGCGCUGAUCCAGCAGGCCACAGCUCAGCUGAAGGAGGCGUUUAAGGAUCCGUCAGUGGUCCCUGCUCUCUGCACGAUCCUAACCACUGCGCCAAACCCUCAGAUCCGCCAGUUUGCCGCAGUGCUCGUGAGGAGGAGAGUUGCUAAACACUGGAAGAAACUGUCAGUCGAUCUUAAGGAGAAUUUGAAGCCAGUGGUUUUGCAGUCUCUCCAGCAGGAACAUGAGCACAAGGUUCGGCACUCGGUGGCCCAGCUGGCUGCAAUCAUCGUCAAGCACGAAACGCCAGAGAAAUGGCCCCAACUACUUCAGUUUAUAACUCAGUGGACCAAGAGCAGCAAUCCAGGAGAGAGGCAGGUCGGGAUGCUGCUGCUGAGCACCGUUGUGGACAUCAGCACCGAGUCCUUCAAGCGCCACUUCCGAGAGUUGAUGCGGCUCUUCCACCAAACCCUGGAGGACCACAGCAACCCUCUCGUGGUCUUCUACACCAUCCAGACGCUGACUGCUGUGGUGUCGUACAUGGGGACCGACGAGAUGAACAUGAUGCGUCCCGUGAUCCCAAAGCUGUUGGUCGCCAUCCAGACUCUCAUCCAGCACAACCAGGAUCAGGCCAGUGAGGCGAUGGAGGUCUUCGAUGAACUGAUGGAGAGUGAAGUAUCUAUCAUUGUGCCAUACUUGUCACAGAUCGUCCAUUUCUGCCUGGAGAUUGCAGCUAACCCGGCUCUGGGGGACAACCUCCGCGUAAAGGCCCUGUCGUGUGUGAGCUUCCUGAUCAAACUGAAAGGAAAGGCGAUCAUGAAACAGAAGCUUCUGCCCAGUAUUCUGAAUGUGCUCUACCCCAUCAUGUGCACUGCCCCACCAGAGGGCGAAAUGGAUCCAGAGGACCUGGACCUGGACGAUGACAUUGAGGAGGAGGUAGAAGCUCAGACCCCAAAACACUUCUCGGCACAGGUGAUCGACAUGCUGGCUCUGCACUUGCCUCCAGAGAAGCUUUUCUCCCAGCUGACCCCACUGAUGGAGCCAGCACUGAGGAGUGAGAAUCCGUACGAAAGGAAGGCAGGCCUGAUGAGUAUGGCGGUGUUGGCAGAGGGCUGUGCAGACCACAUCCGCCAAAAACACCUCCAUCCCAUGUUGCAGUGCAUGUGUCAGGCCCUUGCGGACCAGAGCCAGGUGGUCCGUAACGCAGCGCUCUUUGCCCUGGGACAGUUCUCCGAGUUCCUGCAGCCGGACAUCAGUAAAUAUUCCGAUGAGAUCAUGCCACUCCUGCUCAACUACCUCGGCACCAUCGACAACUCGAAGGGCGGCCACCUCACAAAGGCCUACUAUGCACUGGAGAACUUUGUGGAGAACCUGGGGAAGAAGAUUGAGCCGUACCUGCCCACACUGAUGGACAGGAUGCUGACGGCCCUCUGCUCGACCAGCAGCAGCCGGGUGAAGGAACUGGCCGUCAGUGCCAUUGGUGCAAUCGCCAGCGCUGCCAAGGAGGCACUGCUGCCGUACUUCCAGGCAGUGAUUGUCCAGCUGAAAGGAUACUUGAUCAACACCAGCGAGGAGCUGCGCCAGGUCCAGAUCCAGUCACUGGAAACUCUGGGCGUUCUUGCACGGACUAUUGGGAAAGACGUCUUCUUGCCCCUUUCGGAAGAAUGCUGCCAGCUUGGCCUGAAUCUCAUUGACCACGUGGAUGACCCUGAUUUACGUCGGUGCACGUACAGUCUGUUUGCUGCCCUGUCGGUGGUGAUGGGUCCUAGCAUGGCCCCUCACCUGGAGAAGAUGACCACCGUGAUGUUACUCUCCAUCAAGUCCACCGAGGGGGUUACGGCGCAUUAUGAUAACGACAGCAAAACGUUCCUGCUCCUGGACGAUGACCUCGAUGAGGACGAGCCUAUCACAGAAGAGGAGGAGGACGAAGACGAUGCUGACAUCACCGGUUUCAGCGUGGAGAACGCCUACCUCGAUGAGAAGGAAGAUGCCUGCGACGCCCUGGGAGAAAUUGCAGUCAACACUGGGGCCGCCUUUAUGCCGUACAUGGAGUCCUGCUUUGAGGAAAUCUUCCGUAUCACUGACUAUCCACACGUCAACGUCAGGAAGUCUGCUUACGAAGCUGUUGGCCAGUUCUGCUGCGCCCUUUACAAAGUUGCUCAGGAAAACCCAACAGACCAGAACUUGGAAGGUUUCCAGAAGUUGUUAGCGAUGGUCUUCCCAAACUAUCUGAAAACCAUUCACGAGGAGAAGGACCGGCUGGUGGUUAUGACCAUCUUGGAAUCCAUGAACAACGUGCUGAAGAACUGCAAAGGAGAUGCGCUGAAGGAGCCCGGCCGCUUGGACGAGAUCUGCAAAGCCAUCAGGAAUGUGCUGCAGAAACAGACAACCUGCCAAGAUCCAGAAAACGAAGAGACAGAGUCUGACGAAGAGCAGGAGGCAGAGUACGACUCCAUGCUGCUGGAGUAUGCAGGCGAGGGCAUUCCCCUUCUGGCCGCUGCGGUGGGAGGGCAGCUCUUUGCCCCGUACUUUGCCGGGUUCCUGCCCCUGUUGCUGUGUAAAACGAAACCAAGCUGCACGGUGGCCGAGAAAUCCUUUGCCAUCGGGUCGAUUGCUGAGACAGUUCAGGCCAUGGGGCCAGCAACAGUACAGUUUGUACCCCGGCUACUGCCGAUGUUGCAGGCAGGAGCACGAGACACAGAUGAUGAGGUGCGCAGCAAUUCUGUCUUCGGGAUCGGAGUUCUUGCUGAGCAAGGCAAAGAAGCCAUAUUUGAGCACUACCCAACCCUGCUGAGCAUCCUGUCGUCCAUCAUAGCCCGCGAGCAGAACCGGCGCGUGGUGGACAACGUCUGUGGAGCUGUGUCCCGCAUGAUGAUGACCAAUCUGGCAGGUGUCCCCGUGGAACAGGUGUUUCCUGUCCUGGUUCGGUCUCUCCCCCUGAAGGAGGACCUGGAAGAAAACGUCACGGUCUUUAACUGCAUCGCUUUCAUGUACAAAAGCAACUGCAGUCAGGUUAUUCGACAUUUGCAACAGUUACUGGCUGUUUUUGGGGAAGUGAUUGGUACAGACCAGCUCAAAGAAGAGAGUCAGAAUGCCUUGGUAAUGCUGUUGAAGGAUAUAUCCCAACACUUCCCCCAGGAAUUUCAGAAUGCUCUGAUGGCAAUUCCUCAAGAAGCUGCCAAGAAACUCUCUGCUGUCAUGUCUUCCUGAGUUUACGCUGGGUAGGACUGACCCGAAGAUGAACGUGCCUGGUGAUUCUCUGCAGCGCGACACACUACAUUGUCUCUGACGGGCCACGAUGGGCAGUGUGACUCCGGAUUUCUCUCACGGAAAGUAUGAAGCAAAUUGGUUGAUGCUCCUCUCGGGGAGCUUUUGAACAGACUUUUCACAGUUCCAGAAACAAGUUGCCAAAGAUUCUUGGUCAUGUUUUCUUUUGACCCUGUUACCGAAAAGAGGUGAUUUCUUGUGUUUUCCUGCCAAGGGAGGAAGUGUUUCGAGGCCAAUUUUGUGGAAUGACAUUUUUCGUGGUUGUCAAAAUUUUCUUGAGUUGAAAUAAAUAAAAGCCAACAAAAGAAGCUGGGGUUGGCCCGGGUGCAUGUGUGACGGGGAUGGUCAGAGUCUGGCAGGGGCAGCGUCCCCUUCCCCAGCGGGAGGGUGCACUGAACAGUUCCGUAUCCCCCUCCACCAAUCUCAGGGAGAGGGAGGGAGGGGGGAGUGGAGACAUGACGCUGGCAGGGAGCAGACAGCAAGCUGCAGCACACACCACAGAUGGCGAGG